AUGGUUAAAGCAAGGACGCCAUCUGGCUUCAGUGUUGAUCUUAUUCAUCGUGAUUCCCCACUUUCUCCUUGUUACAAUGCAUCUCUCACCUCCUCAGAGAUGCUAAGAAAAAAGGCCAUUCGUUCAAGGGAUCGAAUCAAACACUUACAACCUGUGGUUGAUCAAAAGGUCAUCCAAUCUGUGGUGGUUCCAGUUGAAGGGGGCGGGGAAUACAUGAUGAAACUAUCUUUUGGAACCCCACCUGUUGAGUACUUGGUGCUGGUAGACACCGGAAGUGACCUUUCAUGGAUACAGUGUGUUCCAUGUACCAAAUGUUAUUCUCAAAACUCUUCUCUUUUUGACCCCAAAGCAUCUUCCACUUACAAAGCCUUUUCAUGUGAUUCACAGGCUUGUCAAAUUUGGACCCAAAAACUGUGCUCAAAAACUAAUGAUUGUCAAUAUCAUGUUAUCUAUGGAGAGAUGUCGAGCACCACAGGAAUCCUGAGCUCUGAUACUUUGAGCUUUGGUUCCACAAAUGGUCAAAAAGUCACAUUUUCUACGUGUAUAUUUGGUUGUGGACAUGAUAAUCAAAUGACACUUGGAAUUGCUGGACUCGUUGGCCUUGGAGGGGGGGAUUUUUCUUUAGUUUCUCAAAUUCAAACUCAGAUUGAUCACAGAUUCUCCUAUUGUUUUGUUCCACCAUCGGCGAAAUCCAGUGGUAAACUGUUGUUCGGACAGGAAUCGAUAAUGUCUCGCCCCGGAGUUGUUACGACUCCACUUGUGUCCAAACCCCCUCAAACGUACUACUACCUUACACUCGAAGGUGUUACCAUCGGAGACAAGACCGUCCGGUCAUCUUUAGGACAAGGGAAUGUCCUAACUGAUUCCGGAACAACAUUGACGUACCUAGAACAAGAUUUGUAUAAUGGCUUGGAGGCAAUGGUGAAAGAUGGCAUUGGAGAAGAGCCAGUGCAACAUCAUUCAGGCAUGUCUGGUUUGUGUUUUAAGACCGGCGAUAACAUCAAUGUUCCGGAAAUGGUGUUUCAUUUCACUGGUGCUGACCUUCGAUUGAAAUCUGUCAACACGUUUGAGGAUGAUGGGAACUUGGCUUGUAUGCUGAUUUUUCCGACAUUUGAGAAUCUUUCUGUCUUUGGAAACCAUGCACAGAUAAAUUUCCAGGUGGAGUAUGAUCUUUUAAAGAGGACCGUCUCUUUUGCACCAACAGAUUGUGCCCAACAAUAA